AUGACAGAGCGGAGGCCUAUCAGUCUCUGCUCAGUACAUUACAAGAUCAUCUCAAAAAUUCUUUGCAAUAGGCUGAAAAGAAUUCUACCAGAGAUUGUCUCAGACACGCAGGGUGCUUUCGUUAGUGGUCGCCUUAUUACUGACAAUAUCUUGGUGGCACAUGAGAUGGUACAUGCUUUAAGGACGAAGGAUGGCAUCGACUCAAACUUCAUGGCCAUUAAGACAGAUAUGUCUAAGGCAUAUGAUCGCGUAGAGUGGUGUUUUGUGGAGUGUCUACUAGAGAGGAUGGGCUUUGAUAGGAAGUGGGUAACAUGGAUCAGCGCCUGUAUUAGCUCUGUCACAUAUUCGGUGCUCUUAAAUGGUAGUGAACAUGGGUUUAUCAAACCGGAGAGAGGGCUCCGUCAAGGAGAUCCACUAUCUCCAUUUCUCUUCAUAUUAUGUGCGGAGGCUUUGGUGAGUACUCUGAAUCAAGCUGAGUCCUUGGGAAAGUUGAAUGGCAUCCGUUUAUCAAGAGAGGGUCCUGCAGUGCACCAUCUGCUGUUCGCCGAUGAUAGUUUGCUGUUAUGUAAAGCAACAGUGGAGGAAGGAGCAGAGUUAGUAAGGAGGCUGAAACUAUAUGGUGAUGCGUCAGGCCAAGUGAUAAACACCUCCAAGUCUUCGAUAAUCUUUGGCUCCAAAGUUCCAGCUAUGUUCCGUAAUCAAAUGAAAGAGGUGUUGAGUAUUGAUGCGGAGGGAGGUGAGGGUUUCUACCUGGGACUACCUGAAUGCUUCAGUGUAUCUAAGAGUAAGCUUCUAAAUUUUAUACACGAUAAAGUUCAGAAGAGACUCAGAGGAGGGGGUUCGAAAAUAUUGUCUCAAGGAGGAAAAGAGAUUAUUCUAAAAUCUGUGGGGAUGGCUCUGCCAGUUUUUGCAAUGAGCUGUUUCCGGUUACCUAAAGAUCUCUGCGCUAAACUAACGAGCAUUAUGACUGAAUUUUGGUGGGGAGGUGAUGCAGAGAAAAAGAAAAUUGCAUGGGUAGCUUGGAAGAAGCUAUGCAAACCUAAGGAACUCGGUGGCAUGGGUUUUAAGGAUAUUGCUUGGUUUAAUCAAGCCUUGUUAUGCAAGCAGACAUGGAGAAUCUGGUCUAACCCACAAUCCCUUCUGGCGAGAGUCAUGAAAAGCAGAUACUUUAAGCAAGGAAACUUCCUUGAGUGUUCUGUUGGAUAUAGACCAUCAUAUGCUUGGAGGAGCAUUAUGCAUAGUCGUGAGCUACUAUCACAAAGGCUGCUUAAAAGAAUUGGGAAUGGUAAGGAUACGCAUGUUUGGUAUGAUAACUGGAUCCUUAUGCCUAUACCUAGACCUCCUAGAUAUAGAACAGAUGAAGUAGACCUUACGCUUAAAGUCUCAGACCUUAUUGAUGAGAGGCAUGGAACGUGGGAUGUUCAACGGGUACGGCAUCUGUUUGUAGGGGAAGAUGCCAACCAGAUUCUGGAAAUGAGGCCACAACUUAACCGUCAUGAUACAAUGGUCUGGGGCUUCAGCAGGAAUGCCGCACCCUCCUUGCCUCCUAUUGAGAAACGGCUCUGGCCUAAUUUAUGGAAAGUGAAGACGAUGCCUAAGAUCAGACACUUCCUAUGGAGAGCAUUAGCCGGUGCCUUAGCUGUAGCUGAAAGACUGAGAUCGCGAGGGAUCCCGGUAGAAACGACAUGUAAGUUAUGUCAUGCACAGCCUGAGACUAUUUGUCAUGUGCUCUUCCAUUGUCCGGUAGCGAAGGAGGUUUGGAGACUAUCAGAGUUUCCUAUGCCAGCAGCUGACUUCUCUACAAACUCGGUUUUCCUGAACUUUCAUCACCUGUUGGAGACAUGGGCAGAAGAGAUAUGGAGAAAAAGUCAGUUGGAGUUUGAAGCUUGGAAUGCGGCUAACGUGGGUGACAAGGAAGACAUUGAUGAGAAUGUGGAGAGCCUAUCGACACUGCGACAUAAGAAUGUGGUGUUUGAAUCUUCAUCAUAUUUGGCGGGAGAAGCAGUUUUGAAUCCUGAUAAUUUUCCUAUGUUUCAUGGGUUGAUUGACGUGAUAAGAGAGAAGCUGUCUAGGUUACAACUGUGGUCUAUAGCUUAUGUACACAGCGGAGCAAACCAAUGCGCGGAGGCCAUUGCUCGCAGUGUGACAAGGGAUCAGCGGUAUGCUUCGUAUGUGGGGAAAGAUGGACCUUCUUGGUUAUUGCCUAUGAUUCAUGCAGAUGCUGUUCGAGCGGACAAUGGAUACUAA